AUGAGUCAGGCAGGAUUCUGCUCUAUAGGGGUGAAGGUUCAUGAUGGAUAUGUUUAUUUUCUCUUCGACAGUAGAACAUCUUCAUUUGCUUUGUUUCGUGGGAAAACUGGUGCGACGCUAAAACCAUAUCAAACAUCUGACAAUUUCAUUGCUACUGAUUAUGUUACUGUAGAGAAGUUAAGGAAAUUGUCACUCGAGCAAUUUGAUGGUGCAGAGGAAAACAAGGACGAGGACAAUGAGGGUAACAGCAUCGGUUGUUUUUGCCCUCCUCUCAUCACCUCAGUUAAGAGUGCCUCCUCACAAAAGAUAUUUAAGAUCAUCCCAAGUGCACCUACAAGCCUAUUUUUGGUACAGAAUAUCAAAGUUGGUGAAUCUUUCGAUCUGGUAUGCAAGGUUGUUCACGUGCAUGAAAUUUCUGAAGAGGAAUGGAUGCUUUUCAUCUGGGAUGGAACUGAUGCUCCUAUGACUUUUCAAACAAAUUUAGACCCGGUAAAGGAAAAUCCGUCCCUUUUACACAGUGAACCAACAUCUUUGUCAGAGGAGACAUUAUCCUUAUUUCCAUGUCUGGGAACUGUUUUGAGGAUAUCUACUGGCAAGUUUUUUGAAGACCUCGACUGUUUUCCAGUUGAGGGCAAUUGGGUUAAGUUAUACAAUGUGUUGUGUGAGCUUCAAUCAGAUAUUUGGACAGGUGUUAUGAAUUCUGAUAGCAGAAUUUUUAUUCUGUCUGAUGAGGAUAGGAAUGUGAAAUACCGUGAAAGGGUUUAUGGUGAACGUGUAGCAUUUAAUAUUGGACAGAUUCCUUUGUCAACUUCUCUGGACUCUGCCUGUAUAACAGGUUUAGCUUCUUAUAAACUUAAAUUCUGCACUUCCUGGUUCUUUGUAGGAGGUUUCCUUGAUCCUUUAUGAUGAUAUAUGCUAUUUCUUGCAAUUAAUUGAUUUGUAAUUCACUAUGCAUCGAAAACACCUAAUACUGGAUGUGGACAAAUACUGUGUGCAAAUGCAUUGUUACACACAACUGUUUCAUAAGUCAUUUUGAUGCUAGGUUAUGUACCAAACCUGCCUUCCGUUUAUGUAACAUAUUUCUACUUCUUUGUGUGUGUGAGCGUGUGCCUGUGAUGGAGAGAGUGGUAUAGUACAUGUCAGCAUAUAUGAGUUUUAGGGAGAUAAAUUGCCGUGACAAUCAGAUUAUGGGUUUCAGUUGGUCUUCCUUUCAUACAAUUAGAAAAAGUUGUAGCUCACUACAAAACGGGAAGUUGUCUUGUUGCUUCUGUUUAGAGUAGCAUAAUACUUGAAGCUUAAAUAGUUGCAUAGAACUUGAACAUAAGUUGAUAAACACCUUAUUUGCUUGAUUUCCAUGAAAUAUACUCUGCAAAA